GUCUACUUAAAAUAGCCUACAUAAUCGGGCGAGAAGACGUGACUGUUCUUGCUGCAAUUUUUAUUUCUAUUUGUGCGUAGAUAGAUAGCCUACGGUGCUAGGCUAUUUCAGCCAGUGGGUUUUCAUGUUUUUUUCACUCAGUUUUUCAUUCCAUUGUUGUUGAUCGCCAUGGCCCCAGUGCAUCGAAAGAAGUACGACUUCAGAUUUAAACUUUCUACAGUAAAAUAUGCCGAGGAACACUCUGGAGAAGCAGCUGCGAGGCAUUUCUCUGUCGACCCCAAAAGAGUGAGAGACUGGCGAAAGAUGAAGUCUGAACUUCAGCGUCUGUGCAAGGAAAACAGCAAAAGGGCUCGACUGCCCGGUGGAGGUAGGAAGAAGAAACAGAGUAGGUCUAGCGAGGACCAUGGCAAGCGGGGAUUAAAAUCUGUCCCGAAAAAAGAGCAGGUCGACUGCGAAAUAACGGCCUGUUCUGCAAUGACUACGCCUGCACCUAGUCCCCUCUCAACGCAUGUGCUGAACACAGGGAUGGGUGUACCUGGCGCCGGAAUGGUCCUGAGUCUGCACCGUCUAGACCAGGGGACGGACACCUGGAACCUUCUCAUCACAGGAGCAACCAAUGAUGAUGGCCGCUGCCCGGGCCUCAUAACAAGAGAAGCGUUCAUACCUGGGGUUUACAAAAUGCGCUUUGAAACAGGACAGUAUUGGAAUGGGCUGGGGGAAGCUUGUUUCUAUCCAUAUGUUGAGAUUGUCUUCACAAUAACAGAUCCUUCCCAGAAGUUCCACGUGCCCCUGCUGCUCAGCCGCUUCUCAUACAGCACGUACAGAGGCAGCUAGACACCACAGCUGAUUAUCUUGGAUGCACCAGAUAAGAGGCCCGUGGAUAGGUUGCUGUAUGGACAAUUGUUUACUGCCUUUUGGAUGGUUUCAAAUCUAGUAAAUGAGUUUUUGACUGUGA